UGGCUCGGUAAUAUAAAGCACAGUUCCCACGCACUUCUAUCUCAGUUGGGUGUCACCGAGCCAAGAGAACGUUCACUCGAUCACCACUCUCGUUCUUUGAUCUACGCAAUGUUAACAGAGGACUUAGUAAACCUGGUGUACGAGGUGUGUCAAGAGAAGAAGCUGCGAGCGGCGGUGAAAUGCAUCCUUCAGUGCGCUUCCAUACCAUUCGUCUCAACAAUAGCCGUAGCUCUGUAUAUGGGCCCCUUGGGCGUCUUGCUGGGUGGCGCUGUAGGUACUGGGAUCUCCUACGUCUAUGCUAGGGGGAAGUUCAAAAGCGUCGUUAGCAUUAUCAGGGACGACUUGACUCCACAGGAAAGGGAGAGGCUCAUGAUGAGGGUGCGGGCCGCUCUCGUAGACCUUGGAGUCGCUGUCGGGGCCUCUGUGGCCUUCCGUCAGCUCACCGAGCCCAUGAAGUCGGAGAUCGCUGCUACUGUCAAGAAGUACUUGGAGUAUGACCACAACAUGUCAGUAGAGCAUUAAAUGCCUAAAAGACUGUUCAGGUGAAUGGCGAGAACGACGGUUUCUUUUCUGUUUGCAUUUGUUAGCGAAGAUGGGUUCGCUGUUAGUACUAAUUUUGGAAAUUGGAUUUGUUUUAUGUUCGAGGCAAAAAUGUGAAAGAGACAGUUCCAAAAUAAACAAAUAAAACUAUCAA